AAGAGAGAAAGCUGAAAGCUGUGAAAGAAAAGCCUCUGCUGCUCUCUGCUAGCUUCUUCUCCUCCUCCUCCUCCCCCUUCUCCCCGUAGAUAAGGAGGACCCGGGGAAAAAGGGGAGGCAAAAAGCUGCGAUUUUCCGCUAAUUAACCCCGGGGAUUAGCUGCCCAAGAACAGGAGGAGAUUUCCAUGAUUGGUGGUGGAGUUCAUCGGCAAGGAAUUCAGCAGAAGAGAUCAGAUUCUGUACACAGUUCGUCUUCUUGCUCGGUGACUAAGCUGGGUUAGGAGAGGAGGAAAAGAAAAUCUUUUUUUUUUUUUUUGCGGCGCCAUGGAUGGGCAGCAGCUACGUAGCUCGGAAUCUCCGGCGAGCGGCGGCGGCGGAGUCACCGGCGGCGGCGCGCCACAUCUGUUCCACGCGCUCGGGCCGGCGCUGCUGAUCUCGAUUGGGUACAUUGACCUCGGGAAAUGGGUGGCCGCGGUGGAGGCAGGGUCACGGUUCGGCCUUGACCUCGUGCUGCUGGCCCUCCUCUUCAACUUCAUGGCCAUCCUGUGCCAGUAUCUCGCGGCUUGCAUUGGCACGGUCACCGGGAGGAGCCUCGCCGAGAUCUGCCACCAAGAAUACAGCAGGCCAACAUGCAUCUUUCUGGGUGUUCAAGCAGGAUUGUCCUUGUUGACAUCAGAAUUGACGAUGAUUUUUGGGAUAGCACUUGGAUUCAAUCUUCUAUUUGAAUAUGAUGAUCUCAUCACUGGGAUAUGUUUUGCAACCGUUGUUCCUAAUCUGCUACCAUAUGCUAUAUCACACCUGGGAAAGAAGAUGGUGGGGACAUUAAAUGCUUGCAUUGCAGGCUUUGCGCUUCUUUGCUACGUUCUUGGUUUAUUGGUCAGCCAACCACAAAUUCCUCUGACAACGAAUGUAAUUUUCCCCAAGCUCAGUGGUGAAAGUGCUUAUUCUCUGAUGGCUCUUCUUGGUGCAAACGUAAUGGCACACAACUUUUACAUCCAUUCAUCAGUUGUUCAGGGUCAGAAAAGAUCUGCCUUUGCUGUUGGUGCCUUAUUUCAUGAUCACUUGUUUUCAGUAUUAUUUAUUUUUACUGGAAUUUUUCUGGUGAAUCAUGUUCUAAUGAACUCUGCAGCAGCUGAUUCCACUAACACCCUUCUUCUCACCUUCCAAGAUGUUGUAGAACUAAUGAACCAGAUAUUUGUAAACCCUAUGGCUCCAACUAUAUUUCUAGUGGUUCUUCUCUUCUCUAGCCACAUCAUCUCGUUGACAUCUGCUAUUGGUAGCCAAGUGAUUUCGCAGCAUUUGUUUGGCAUUAAUCUUCCUCUCUCUGGACAUCAUCUGAUACUGAAGGCUUUUGCCAUAGUUCCUGCUCUGUACUGUGCUAAGGUUGCAGGUGCUGAAGGAAUAUACCAAUUACUGAUAAUCUGCCAGAUUAUCCAGGCCAUGCUCCUUCCAUCAUCAGUCGUGCCACUCUUCCGUGUUGCCUCAUCAAGAUUGAUAAUGGGUGCCCACAGAGUGUCUUUGCAUCUGGAGAUAUUAACAUUUCUUGCAUUUCUCCUCAUGCUGUUUUCGAAUAUCAUCUUUAUGGCAGAAAUGCUGUUUGGUGACAGUGGUUGGCUGAACACUCUGAAAGGGAAUACUGGAAGCCCUGUGGUGUUUCCAUCUACGGUUCUCAUCACGGUGGCUUGUGUCUCUGUUGCAUUUUCACUCUACAUGGCUGUUACACCACUGAAAUCAGGAAGCCAUGAAGCUGAAUUGCAGCAGGAAUGGUCUGUGCCUUCUCAGAAAGAGCUCUUGAAUACUACUCAAGACAGAGAAGAGACUUGUGCGGGCAAUGUUACCUAUGAGGAAGAUCAGAGAUCUGAUGUUGUCCCUUCUCCUAGGAUUCAGCCUGUGGAUUGUCUGAAAUCAGCUCUGGACUACAUUGAUAGUUCGGACACAGCUAUAGAAUCUGAUCAUGAUUCUCAACAUUCCACUGCUCAUACAUCUACCGCUCCUGAAUCCUGUCACUCUCCAUCAUUCAUUCCUGAAGAGUCAAAAUCAGUUGUUGCUGUUGACUGGCCAGAGCCUCUGGAGCCAAUUUCUAAUGCUAUUGUGGCUGAGGAAAGUACAGUAGAGAGUGUGGACUCCAAGAGCACAGGCGAAAGGGAUAUUGAAGUAGAACCAGCUCUUUUGAUGGACAAUGAUAAGGAGGCUCCAAAUAUUCUAGAGUCUGACAACAAGCCACUUGGAGGCAAUAAUCCUUCCUGUGCAUCGGAUGAUGGCCCACCAUCUCUUACCUUCAGCAGGGGGAAAGGCUCAGAUGCAGGCAAUGGCAGCGGGAGUCUCUCGAGGUUAUCUGGUUUGGGCCGUGCAGCAAGGAGGCAACUAGCAGCCAUACUUGAUGAGUUCUGGGGGCAUCUCUUUGAUUACCAUGGGAAACUCACUCAAGAAGCUAGCUCUAAAAGGUUUGACAUCUUGCUUGGGCUAGACGUAAGAACACCUAGCUCAACUGUAAGAGCAGACAGUCAAGCUAAUGAAAUCCCGAAGAGUCCCAUGGUACGAGACAAUUUACAAGGGUCUGCCUUCUUGGGAAGUUCAAGGGAUCUGAUGUCUACUAAGAAUGAGAUGUCGAAUUUGGAUCUGACAUAUGGGCUUCAGAUGGGCAAUAACAUUGGGUCAUCAGCCUGGUCUCAGGGCAUGCAGUUACCAAGUACCCAACUGCAGAGUUCAAGCAACAGCUUACUCGAUCAAGGUGCAAGAUUAAAUUCAAAUUUUAGCACGCCAUCAUACGCAGACAACAACCAAUUCUACCAACCUGCAACGAUUCAUGGGUAUCAGCUCGCAUCAUACCUAAAACAGAUGAAUGCUAAUCGAAAUCCUUACUCUAGCAUGCCAUUGGACCCACAGCGACUUCCAAAAUCUUCUGCAUCGGCUGUGCCAACCUAUGUCGAUUCUGUCAUGCAUGCUCGUAACCAGAACUUGCUUGCUUCAUUGGGAGCUACUCCUUCACAGAUCGCAGCAACAUCCCGGAUAGGUACUAUGAUGGCAGAAAGAUCCUAUUAUGUCCCUUCCACUCUUGACGGGAAUGAAAAUGCUGGUUCAUCAGCUUACUCAAAGAAGUACCACAGCUCACCAGACAUAUCUGCACUGAUUGCUGCAAGCAGGAGUGCUCUGUUGAAUGAAUCAAAGUUGGGUGGUGGUACCAUUGGAUCCCAGUCGUACCUUAGCAGGCUUGCAUCGGAAAGAUCUCAGUAUACAAACUCGGUGGCCAGGCCUGCAGCUCCCUUGGCGUUUGAUGAGCUCUCUCCACCUAAGCUCCCAGGGGAUAUCUUCUCAAUGCAACAAAGCCCAAACCCAAGUGCAAGAUCCCUUUGGGCUAAGCAACCUUUUGAGCAGCUGUUUGGUGUGUCGAGUGCGGAGCUCACUAAAAGCGAGUUCAACCCUGCAGGCAGAUCGGGUGGCAUGACCAAGGAUGAUUUCUCUUACAAGGAGUCUGAGGCGAAGCUUCUUCAGUCUCUUAGAUUCUGCAUCUCGAAGCUCCUGAAGCUAGAAGGAUCAGGGUGGCUGUUCAAGCAAAAUGGUGGCAGCGACGAAGAUCUGAUUGAUCAAGUUGCUGCGGUAGAGAAGCUAUUGCAACAAGGAACCAGUGACAACCAACUGCUGCUUGGUGAUACUCAGCAACCACCAUGUGAUAAGGCAGACAUCCAGUACAUGCGCGUACUGCCUAACUGCGGAGACGACUGCAUCUGGCGCGCCUCCCUCGUUGUCAGCUUCGGUGUCUGGUGCAUCCGCCGGGUGCUAGACCUGUCUCUGGUGGAAAGCAGGCCAGAACUUUGGGGCAAGUAUACCUAUGUUCUCAACCGUCUUCAGGGCAUCCUGGAUCCUGCAUUCUCCAAGCCUCGGAGUGCUCUCAGCGCGUGUGCGUGCCUUCACAGAGAUAUCCGGGUGCUCAACAGCCUGCGCCACAGUAGCCUGGUAGCAACAAACUCCAUUCCAAGGCAAAUCCGAGGUUCCUUCACCACCGCAUCUGUGGUCCUGGAGAUGAUCAAGGAUGUGGAGACCGCAGUCUCAGGGCGCAAGGGCAGGAGUGGCACCGCAGCUGGGGAUGUCGCCUUCCCCAAGGGGAAGGAGAACCUGGCCUCCGUGCUGAAGCGAUACAAGCGGAGGCUCUCGAGCAAGGGACAACAAUAAUAAGGCAUCUGGGCAGCGUGAUCCUGUCGCGUUUUAGGGGGACUUUGACCAUUGUUCUUCAAGGAUGGCAGCCAGCCAUGGUGGCUUGCCCUCCCUGAGCCCUGGAUUUUUUCGUUGCACAACGUUUGCAGGGACCUGAGGAAUUGGCCAACACUUCUGGUCCCUUCCAUCAUAUUUCGUUUUUUUUUGUUUCUUUCUUGUUUUUUUUUUUUUUUUUGCAUGUGAUGUGUUGUAUAAUGGUAACUGUUCAUGUGCCAGAAGAACAACCACCAAAAUGUACAACAGAUGUAGUCAGCUGAUGCACCAUUGUAAAGUUUAGUCUCUGCAUUUUAACCUUUUUUUUGGGGGUCAUUGACAAACUGAAUGAAUGCCCUGUGUAAUCUCUCUUCAGAGAGGAUGCCAAGACUGAGAAAAAGCUUUUGCCAGAUUUCCAGAUUCCUUGUGUUCA